UGCUGCGCGCACUCUGCACUGUUCACACACCCCAGCCGUGCAUUGGAUCAUCUGCGUUUCCUAUCUCUCUCUCUCUCUUUCGCUUUUUCUUUCUCUCGAGAGACACGUCCAUCCUUACCACAACCUCUUGUGAAGGAAGGGACAGAGAGGGAGAGCGAGAGAGAGACAUAGAGGCGGCAUAGGUGCGCAGAAGAAGCGGAGCUUCGAUGGACGCAUCCGCGGGCAAGAACUUCGACCCUCAUCACGCCAGAAUCCUGGUCGUCGGGCCCAUGGCAGCGGGCAAGACAACUCUGGUGCAUUCCUUCUGCCACGGCGGCGUUGGGAAUGGCGUGCCAGGAAACAGGCUACCCACCGUCGGGUGCAGUGUCGACGUCAAGCUGCUCGCAGGAGGGCACCCGAACCGGUCCAUCGAGUUCUGGGACGUGGGCGGAAGACCCGACGCCGCCCUUGCUCGAGGCAUGUUCUUUGAAGGAUGCGAAGCGGCAGGGGUGCUCCUGGUAUAUGAUGUGUCUACCCCGAGGUCGCUGCGAGACCUACGCGUGUGGGUCGCCGAGCUCGACUCCGCCGGGAUCUCAGUUCUCGGCGAGAGCGACAACAACGGCCGCUCGAGUGCCACCGCCCCGUACGCGAGGAGCUUGAGGAGCACCGAACAUCCACCGUAUUUCUUCUCGGAAGGACUGACCGCCGACCUGGAAGGAGGAGGGUCUGGAACAGCAGCGGUAGGCGGCGGUAGGAUCCCUCUCAUGGUGGUCGGGGCCAAGGCGGAUACCGGAGAAGGCGUGCGGCGCGAGGGGGGGGCGCUAGCGUCGGAGCUCGGCGCCGGGCACGUGGCUGUGAAAGUGCGCUUCGAAACUGUCGAACGAGGAGGAGGCGUUAUUCGGCAGGUUCUUUAGAGAAGUCUUUCGACAUCACUCCGGCCUGCAGGCGCCGCCGCUGGGCGAAGGAAUGUCCGAGCGGUGGGAAGAGACGUACGAAAGCGAAGACUCGUAUUUCCCUUCGAGUGAGACGACGACGACGGCGGCGGCGGAUGGCGGCGGCAGAUCAACCCUUCAUACAUGCCAUCGUCCUUGGGGAAGCAGCCGGUGGGGGAGCGACCAACCACCAGGAAGCAAUCCACGACAAGAGGCUGGCAUUGGUUGUACAAGGAAAGGACACCCUGGCACUCGGGGCGACGAAGGUCGGGUUGAAGGGGAGGCGCGCGGAUGGGCUGGAGGUGGAGCAAGCACCGUAGGUGGUGGGCUGGUGUGGCCGGCGCACCGCGGCGCAUUGCCGUCUGCCGCGGCCGGACGGCGUCCGGCUCGAGACAAACAGUCCUGAAAUAGGGAUCGGGGUCGACAAUGGGUUGGUCUUGUGUGUGUUUUGGAGUAUUUACUCGUAGCACCAAGCACGGGAAGGUGUGGUUUUGUCUCUUGAUGCGCCCCCUAUGGCCAAAGGUGCCCCGUGUAUCGGUCUUGAAGUAAAUGGGUAUGUGGCACCAUGGCGCACUCCGAUGCUUCGCCGGCUGGAGUAUCUGGUCAAAGCGAGUUUCAAUGCGAACGAUGAGCGUGUGAGUGUUGUCUUGCGGCUUGCGUUCAUGGGCGUCAGCGAUCGUAACUGUU